CACCACUCCAGACACUCCUCGUUUCUCCCGUCGUCGCUCGUCGCGAUGCUCGGAAUCUGUGGGCCGCUGAGGACGCGGUCGGUGGUGAGGAUGCUGCGGCCGACAGCGGCAAGACCACCAAUGCGACUACCAUGCCGGGCUGCAUUCGCGCAGAGGUUGCUCACCACGUCUCAAUCCUCCCCGACGUCUCAGUCGACGAAUAAUCCUGCAACACCAUCGCAGUCCGACUCCCCUUCAAAUAAACCGCAUACACCACCUCCAUUACCUACCGAACCUCCGGCGCCGAAAACCUCGGUCCUCUCGCGCGUCCUGCCCGCGUCGCUUGCGGAGUCAGGCAAGACCGCCUCAUCCUUCCGCAAGAUUGUCGCGCUCGCAAAGCCCGAGCGCAAGCCGCUCGCAAUCUCUAUAGGGCUGCUAGUCAUCUCGAGCUCAGUCUCGAUGAGUAUACCGUUCACGGUUGGACGGCUCAUCGACUUCUUCACGUCUCCACUACCGCAAAUCCCUUUCGGUCUGACUCUGGGUUCAGCUUCGGCAUUGCUGUUUGCGAUGUUCACGGUUGGCGCGGCGGCGAAUGCGGGACGUGCUAUGCUUAUGCGGUUAUCAGGUCAACGGAUCGUGGCACGACUUCGCGAGCGCAUGUAUGGUGCUGCACUACAACAGGAAGUCGAAUACGUUGAACGCGGAGAAGGAGAUGUCCUCAGUCGACUAAGUGUGGAUUCUAACGUUGUUGGUGACAGUCUGACCCAGAACCUCUCGGAUGGCUUACGGUCAAUAAUCAUGUCUUCCGCCGGCUUGGGGGCGAUGUUCUACAUCUCACCGAAGCUGACGUUCCUCAUGCUUGCGAUUGUCCCUCCCGUAUCUCUUGGUGUCGUCUUCUACGGUAGAUACCUGAAGCGGCUGUCCACGAGGACGCAAGAGGCCCUCGGCGAGAUGACGAAGGUCGCGCAAGAAUCACUCUCGGCACUGCGUACUGUGCAGGCGUAUAACGCCGUCCCGCAUGAGCAACGGAAGUUCCACGAGAAGGUCGGAGAUGUCCUCGCUCUCGCGCGCAAGGAGGCCAUCGCGUCUGGGAUCUUCUUCGGUAGUACGGGAUGGAGCGGGAACGUGACACUACUGGGUUUACUUGGUUUUGGCGGAACGAUGGUCUCACAGGGUCAAAUCUCGGUCGGUGACUUGACGAGUUUGUUGCUAUACACUGUUUAUGUCGGCAGUGGCCUGCAGAUGCUUACAUCGUUCUUUACAUCGAUCAUGCGUGGCGUCGGCGCCGGAGAGCGCAUCUUCGAGCUCCUGGACCGCCAUCCUGCCAUCCCGCCGUAUACAGGUGCGGCAGUGGACCCGACCCGACGCGGUCCUGUGCGCUUUGAGGGCGUGUACUUCCAAUACCCGAGCCGGCCGGGCGUGGAGAUUCUGAAGAAUCUCGAGCUUGAGGUCAAGGUUGGCGAGAGCGUCGCGCUUGUGGGUCGGAGUGGCAGCGGCAAGUCAUCGGUCAACGCGCUGUUGCUGCGGUACUACGAUCCUGCCAAGGGCAAAGUCACUUUUGAUGGUCAAGACAUCCGCGAAUUCAACCCAGCCUCGUGGCGCAAUAUUAUGGGGGUCGUACCGCAGGAUCCCGUAUUGUUCACUGGCACCAUCGCUUCCAACAUCGCAUACGGCAAUGAGACUGCGACACGCGAACAGAUCGAAGCGGCCGCACGCGAGGCGAACUGCGAGUUCAUUUGGGGUAUGCCAAAGGGCUUUGACACAGAAAUUGGGCGUCUCAGCUUGAGCGGUGGGCAGAGGCAGCGACUGGCUAUUGCGCGAGCACUGCUGAAGAAACCGGCCAUCCUCGCUCUAGACGAGGCGACGAGCUCCUUGGACGCUACUUCCGAGCACCGGGUACGUCGAGGUUUCAUCGAGGUGACACCGACUGACGCGCACAUCUCCCAGGUGAAUGACGCGAUAGACAAGAUCUUGCGGUCCAGACAAACGACCUGCCUUAUCGUGGCACAUCGCCUGUCCACAAUCGCCCGCGCCGAAAAGAUUGUUGUCCUCGAAGACGGCCACGUUGUGGAGGCAGGGACGUACAGGCAAUUGGUGAAUAGGGAAGGGUCGAGAUUCCGCGCACUCAUGGCCGCGCAGCUGAGUGCCGCGGCAGGCGAUACGCCAGCGGAGUUGCCCGCGGGAGAGGGAUCGCAUGAUUCCCAAGAGCAGCGACCUCAGCCCCAGGCGCAGCUCUGAAGCGGAAGGGUAACCUCUGCUUGUUUGUCGUACGUAACAUUUGUCGCCACUCUUCGGACAAAUGCGCGAGAACGGAAAGGGUAUUGUAUCGCUUAUCAGUAAUGUUGUAUCUAGACGCAGAUUAGACCGCUGCAUGCGUUCAGUCUUGCAGGCAAUCAGCACACUUCGCGAGGUAAUCGGAGCGUCAGGUGAGCGGGGUGUUGUAGACUCACGGCGAUGGAUGCGAUUUCGUGACUUCGCAUCUACCGCUUGGGAAGACGCCGCGGGCCAUGCGGUUUACGCAUUGUUUCGAGCGUGUGAGC